UUGGAACAUGGUGCUCAUCUGAAAGGAGUAACUAUAGCCAUUUCUAGGCAACUACAGUCCUCUGUUGUUGGGGUUACUCCGCAGUUGAUAAGCACAUGAUGCUGGUGAGGCUGAAGUACGUCCACCUUGGGCUUCAUAUCUUUUUAUCGCAGUGCACCUAGGCCCCUACCAAGAUAUAUGAACUUGAGAAAGAGAUGCUCUCGUAAUACAGCUGACUUGCAUGCCUGAUGGGCUAGCCUCUCAUAACUCACUCUGCGAGUAGAGUUACUGCCUAACUUACUGGGGGAGGUUACUUCUUUGGCCGACUGGUAAGGAGGGUUCGAUCCCCGGCCCCGGCAAAACCUUUCCUUAAUUGUCUGAAUUAAUAUAUCGUAUGUUUCGUUACACGCAGAGGUCGUGUGGGAGUGUAGUAAUGAAAAAAUUCUGGCGUUGCAGUCUAUCGCAGGCUCCCGCGUGUCACACUCAUCGUCUUGGCGACUUCAAUGCAUCUACUGGCACAGUGAGCUGGCUACGAGAGACUACGUACCCUGCCCCGUGACCUUGGAAGAUGUCACACCUAUUGCAUGACAAUUUAAGGCAGAACAGCCUCAGCCAAAACAUCGAGAGGGGAAUAUAAUCAAUUUCGUAUCUUUUUGUAGGCUUCCUCGUGGCCCAGAUAUAGCCUUGACAGCAACAUACCAAGGCAGGUUGGGGGUUGAUGCUAUCGAGGUGAGGGUGGAGAUUGGGGGAGAGAUAAAGACUAAAAAAGGCAACAUGGCCCCUCCUCACAGCACUCCAUAUCCGUCGCCUCUGCCCUUCACAGUCGAGUUCAGUCUACUCUGGGAUACGGGAAAUUGUGUAGCACUCCCACGCUGCAUGGUUGACUGGCUAAAGUGACCGACUGUGUCCUUGUGCUGUCUCCACCUCACUCUCAAGGAAAGCUCCGGCGAAGAGAGGAGUAAGCCGAAUAGUAUGUUGCUGUGGACCGUUCUUUUUAUCGUUUUUCUUAAAGUGUCGGCGUUGGGGUCAGCGCCCGGGGAGACUGCUUGUUGCUGUCCACAGGGGGAUCAUGACGGGUGUUGUGGGCAGGCGCAGGAAGUAGACGUGGUGGUGGUGGGCGGCGGCGUGGCUGGCCUGACUGCCCUCAACACCCUCCUGCAACACAACGUGACCAGCGUGGUGCUCCUUGAGGCCCAGGACCGUCUGGGUGGAAGAGUCCGCACCUUCAGACAAGGAGGGGUGUUGGUAGAGGACGGGGCCGAGUGGAUCCACGGUGACCGAAGGAACCCGCUGCACCGCCUCGCCCGCAGCCUCGGGGCGCUGGACACCCCGACGCCCGACGACGCCUGGGAUUUCCGUUUGGUGACUGAGGAAGGAGAGGAUGGGGACGAGGCCACCUACGAUAAGCUCAUGUCCCUGAUGGAGGAAACCAACGAAAACGGAGUCCUUGAGCCGUAUUACAACAUGAGCUACGGCUACUACUUCCUCGACAGGUUCCCCGAAGUCUUCCCGGCGAAUACCCCGCGGCGGGAUGCUCUCCUCCACCUCCUCGAGCAGACAGUGAACUACAUGGAAGGCACCGGCUCUUGGGAGGACAUUGCAGCUCAAGACGCUGACCAGUACAUCGACCACGGGGAAAACUUCCAGUGGGCGGAUGGUUACGACACCCUCAUAGACCAUCUAAAAGCGAAGAUCCCAGGAGAAGCUGUGCGCCUGUCUUCUCCCGUGACCCGUGUGUCGUGGAGCUGCCCCGCACGCCCGUCACAGGCACGAGUGGUGACCCAGGGCGGCCAGGUCUUCCUCGCCCGCCACGUCCUCGUCACCGUCUCUGCCGCCUACCUGCAGCUGCACCACGACUCCCUCUUCCAGCCUCCCCUUCCGGCUGAAUUCCUUAAGAAAUUGUCGGGCGUGAAGCUGGGCGUAGCCAACAAAGUGCAGCUGGGGUGGCCGGAGCCGUGGUGGGGCCCGCGACCCCUCGAGCUGACUAUUCUGUGGACCAAGUUCGACCUACCACAGAACAUGUCGUGGUUACACGGUGUGGUGAGCCUGUUCAGCGUCCAUCGUCAGAGGGCGGUGCUGGAGCUGUUUGUCACCGGCAGCCACUCCAGCCAGAUGGAGGCUCUGGAGGAGGACGAGGUGAAGGCACACGUGACUCACCUCCUCAGGCGAGUGAGCGGCCAAGACGUGCCGGAGCCAACCUUCUUCAGGAGGACGAGGUGGGGCAGCGACCCAUGGACGCUCGGUUCCUACUCCACCUUCGUCACCAUGGAGGGCAACAAGGCCGGCCUGCGCCGCCGUAGCCAGCUGGCGACGCCGCUGAAGAACUCCACCGGCCACACGGUAUUGCUGUGGGCGGGGGAACACACGCACAACACCCGCUACAGCACGGUGGACGGGGCCAUGGAGACGGGCCAGCGGGAGGCGCGCAGGAUUGCUCACCUCCUGAAGGCUUACUGCUGAGCGCUGCCACCACCACCACCUUCCCCUUGGUGCCCCCCACGUCUUCCCUCAUCGUGGCCCGCGGUUGCCUUCAGGAUCAUGAACCUCAAAUCCCGUCCCGUGAAGCCCCUUGUGGAGUCUUCCUGUUGCAUGUAUGGCGAUCUUCUACUUAUCUCGCAUUUUUGCCCAUAAUGUCUAUGCAGCAUUCUCUCUCUCUCUCUCUCUCUCUCUCUCUCUCUAUCUCUCUCUCUCUCAGCACACCGGCCUUAACGAGAGAGAGAGAGAGAGAGAGAGAGAGAGAGAGAGAGAGAGAGAGAGAGAGAGAAUCAUCGCCUUGCUUACAAUCAUGGUUAUUUCACUGCCAAAAAGUCUGUACUAAUUAUAAUUGUUGGACGCAUCGCCCCUUCUCUUUUGUUGUUUACUUGCAACAAUAAACUAUCAAACAAUCAA